AUGUACUCUUCGCUCCCGAACCAGAAACGCUCGAAAACGUUGCUUCCCUCGGUUCUCGAGGAGUACGAGCGGAAUCGUCGUAACGACGACGAGGACGAGGACGAUCAAGCGCGCGAGAAGUUACUCGUUUUGCACGAUGAUGAUUCAAAGCUUUCCCGAAGGGACGCUUUGAUGAAAGACGACGAUGCAGACGACGACAAAGGAGGAGAAGAAAAAGAAGAAGAAGAGUACGACGACGAUGAUAUCGAUGAUUUUCGCGCGCCGCCUGGUUUAUCGCACGCGCGGCCCCGUCGUGGUUUGCUGCGAGACGACGUAAACGAUGAUUCAGACGACGACAGUUACGAGACAGACGAGGAAGGCGAAGAGGAAGAAAAUCUGGACCGAUUUUUCUCCCGCUUGUAUUACGAGCACUUUCUCGGGAAAGGAUUCCUCGGGCAAGUUUCCUCGCGCGUGGCGAACGCGCUCAUCCUGUUAUUCACGAUUUGGAUGUCGGGGUUUUUACUCCUCUCCGUGGAUUGGCAGUGUUUAAGAACGACGUGCGCGGAAAACGCGGAACGGUGCGACAUUAUGAGAGACUGCGUGGUGAUGCGUCACCCGCUGGGAGGGUCGAAACGAUUCGUUAAAGACUCUAUCGUGUGCUCGUAUUUAGCGUUGGCGACGGCGUAUUUGUGUUGGAACGUGGCGCGAUUGGUGCACGAUUUGCCAGAGUUGAGAGAGAUGCGGGAAUUUAGUAAAAAGAAACUCGCGUUGAGCGAUAGAGAUUUCUGGACCGUCACGUGGGUGGAAAUCGUGGAGAGGUUGGUUCACGUGCAAGAGACCGGGGCGUUGACGUUCAGAAGGAAAAGAGGCGCGGUGUUGGACGAGAGAGACAUCGUGGCGAGGAUCAUGCGGAAAGAGAAUUAUUUGAUUGGCAUGGUCAACAGAGACGUGGUCAACACGAGGUUAGAACCAGUGUCUAUCUUAUGCAAGAAAGACGCGUGGAUGACAAAGUCCGUUCAGAGUAACUUUGACUUGGCCGUGUUUAAUUGGAUGUUUGACGAAAAGUUCCACGUGAGGAAAGAUUUCUACGACGUCGAGGCGUUGAGGAGACGAUUUAAGACGUUAGCUGUCGUGAAUUUCUUUUUGAGUCCAUUUCUGGCGAUAUUCAUGACGUUUUAUUUCGUCUUGCACAACGCAGAACGGUUUUAUCACCAACCGAGCGCGGUUGGAACGAGAGAGUGGAGCUCGAUUGCUUUUUGGAAAAUGAGAGAGUUCAACGAGCUGCCUCAUUUCGCGAGAUGGCGUUUAAAUGCAGCGCAUAAAUAUGCGACGAGGUACGUGCAACAGUUUCCAAAUCCUAUAACAGAUAUAUGCGCGAAGUUCGUGGCGUACAUUGUGGGCGCUUUUGCCGCGUGCGCUUUAUUGUUAGCGUUGGUGGACGACAGGUUAUUGAACGCGUAUAUCGGUAACCGAGACGUGUUCUGGUUGACAGCUUCGUUGGGCGCGGUUUUGGCUACCUCGAGAGCGUUUAUAGUUGAAGAAAACGUCGCGUUUGAACCAAACUUGGCGAUGGCGAGAGUCGUCGCGCACACGCACCAUUUCCCGAAAUACUGGAGAAAGUCAGCGCACAAGUUGGAGGUGAAAAAUGAAUUCACGAACGAGCUAUUCCCUCUGAAAGCGACGACAUUUUUCGAAGAGUUGAUUGGUAUUUUUCUGUGUCCAUUCGUCUUGUGGUUUCCUUUGAGCGAUUCCGCGGGCGAUAUCGUCGAGUUUGUGAGAAACUCAACCGCCCGAGUCUCCGGUAUUGGCGACGUGUGUUCGCUAUCUGUGUUUGAUUUCUCGAAACACGGAAAUAAACGCUACGGCGCGAAAACCAACGCGAGGAAACACAUGCGUUCGCGACAAGGCAAAAUGGAAAAAUCCUUCCUGAGUUUCACAGAGGCCUAUCCAGGUUGGAGCCCAAGUGGACCCGGGAUUGAAGUUUUGGACAACUUGCGAAGGUUUGCGACGAAGCACGAAAGUGUCGUCAUGUCCAAAUCUUUGCAUUUCGGUGGCGCUUUCCCUCCGAGAUCGAUGUCGCCGCAAACGAUGGGAGGUGUGACGACGCCUCCAGGGAGUUUCCAUCAUCAUCACCAUCACGCGAAUAGUGUCAUGCGAGGCAGCUCAAUAUUUCGCGAACGCAACGAUGAUGACGCGAAGAGGAAGAAACGCGGCGGUAAAUCGUUCGUCGACGGUAUCGACGAUAUUAUUGUUACUCCUUCUAGUAGCAGUAAUAAGUUUAGCGGGAGAUCGUCUCUCCGAAGAGGAAGAGGAAGAGCAGGAGGAGGAGGAGAAGGAGAAGAACAACAACUCGCGUCCUCGACCAUGGUCGCAGGCGACGAGGAACUUCCGCUUCUCGACGCCUGGCUCGCGAGCACAGCUUCGAGUCAUCAAGUCAUGCAGUGCUUUUACGAGAGAGCGUUGGAAAGAGAGGAAGACGAUAGCGCGAACAGCGGCAGCGAUUACGACAACGAUACUAACGAGGUGCGCAUGGAUGAAGAAGAGGGUAACGCGAAUUUCAUCGACGACAUUGCGAACGUAUUGUCAAGCCAAACGACGACGAACGUCGAUUUGAUUUAG